AUGGAAGCUAUUUCUGCUGGCCUUUGCUCAGACAGCAGAGCCAAAGACGAGGCCAUGCAGGGGAAGAAAGAGGACCACCGGAACGAUGAGAUGCUCUGGGUACUCAGCUUGCUCACAGCAUCCCUGCCAUUGAUGGCGGACUCGCUGCCGAAGGACGAUCAUGGGUUGUGCGUGCUACCCCAUCAGCACAGUAUGGAACUUCAGGAUGCCGACGAGUUGCACAUCCCCAUGCGCUUGUGGAACGGCCGCCGAGUGUACGAUACGCAGAAGAUCUGUGAUCGAUGCAUGGAGGCCAUCUUGGAAAAGGAGUUCUACCACUGCUCCAGAGACUGCGACGUAGACUUUUGCACGAGUUGCCACACGGAGCUUCAGGCAGUUCUGGACAAGCACUUUACCCUGCGAAGUUCGAAGAUGCCCAUGACACAUUUGGUUGAGCGCAUGCUCUGGACGAUGCAUGCAGCUGAUGAGCUUGCCUGGCAGAUCUUGCGUCGGGGGCAUCAUGAACGGAUGCUGCUUGCGCGACUGCUUGCGGAGGAGUGGCCCUUAGACAUCUUUGCGAGCCUCGUUGCAACCAUUGUGGAUGUUUGCAAUGCGAAGGUUUUGUACAACGCAUCGAAUGGAGCCAUUACAUCCUCUGUCUGCCGGUCUUACACACUUGGGCAAGAACCCUAUCAGCAGCAAUCUCAGCCUCUUUAUGAGGAUGACUCUUUCUGGAACACGAUUGGCCUUCUCCAGUUCCUCUAUGCCAGCAACCUUCUUCGCAAAGAGGACCUGGAUACUGAAGGCAACCAUCGACCGGCAGUCAGUGCAUUGAGCUUCGUGCCGGAGGCUAUAAACCAGUGUCGUCCUGAAGUGGAGUGGAGCAGACGCGAAGCGAAUGCAACACAUGCUCUUCCAGAUAUCCUUCGGUCAGAGGACUUCACGACAGCAUCGCCAGAAUUUCGGUGUCUGGCUGCUCAUACCAACAUUCUGCCGAUCAAUUUUCGGAGGAGCUGUGUUGUCCUUGACAUUCGGCAUUCCUGGCCACGGUUGCCUGCAAGACAUGUGACUUUACGGCGUGACCCCGAGCUUCUAGUCGCCGAUCUCGAGGCGUUUUUCUGCGAAAGCCCCAUAAAGAAAGCUUCUGAAGAAGACAUGCAAGAUUCUUCCACCGAAGUGACGACAGUCCCCGCAACUGGCACGAAUUCUGAGAUGCAAAUGGACACAGAGGAAGAGGCCGAGGAACCACUCGAGGAGACACUGCGGACUGCCAACUCAACAGCUUUGCGGCAGCCUUUCUAUGUCGCAUUCCAAGGUGAAGAUGGGCAAGGGCUUGGAGUUCGGAAAGAGUUCUUUCACGUUGCUACGCGUGCAUUUCUUGCCCUACUCUUCGAAGAAGUCUCCAGCCGCCAGUAUUGGUUUGGGAGAGUCGACCGGCCUGGUGCCUUCUUUGCAUUUGGAGCCCUGCUGGGCCACGCCAUAGUGCAUGACGUGCUAAUCCCCAGUGCCUUUCCUUGGACUUUGUUUGACUUGCUCCUGCGGGACCUGCAGUCCCCGCCUGCAGAUGGCCGGCUCAGCCUCUCCCACCUGGCUGCAGUUGCUCCAGAAGAAGCACACAGCCUGCGGCAAGUUCUGGACUACCAGGGCGACGACAUCCUGCAGCACUUCGGGGAGCUGGGCCAGGAUCCUUUUGAGUCCGCCUAA